AUGACACUUGCAGUUUCGGUAUGGAUACCACAAAGAUCGAGUUUCGACAACGACUCUUUACGGUUUCCACUUUGCAUAUUAAAUAAAGUCGUCAAACAUUAUAUGUUCUAUCCAACUGCCAUUGCUCAUCACUCAUCAGAAAAAUACGACAUAACCGCUCUAUCGAAUUUCAUACACAAUUCGAAAGUUUUAUUAAUGAAAUUCAAAUGA